UAUUAAAUUCUUAAUAAGCAUGAAUACUCUAGAAAAUCUUACUUUCAGGAACAGAAAAAAUAUUUAGAUGGACCAACAUAUUUCUUUAAGGAUUCUAAGACUCGUUGUGGUGAUGACACAUGACUAAAUUUCUUUAAAUUUCUUUGACAAUAAUUAUAUAGCAACAAAUCUAUAGUUACAAUUAUUAACAAAAAAAAUAUCACCACAUAUUACACAUAUGUGUCAUCAUCACAAUGAGUCUUAAAAUCCUAUAGCAACAAAUUUAUAGUUAAAAAUAAAUUUCUUUAAAUUUAUAGUUAUAACAAAUCUAUAGUUACAACAAAUCUAUAGUUAAUAGGAAAAAACCUAUAAGGAUUCUAAGACUCAUUCUUUAAAUUUCUUUGACAAUAAUUAUAUAGCAACAAAUCUAUAGUUACAAUUAUUGACAAAAAAAUAUUCAUAGUUACAAUUAAGAAAAAAAAACCUUAAAUUAUAAAGUAAAAAUUAUAAUCUAUAGUUUCACUCUCAUCAAUCAAAGUGAUUGGUUGAGUUGUAUACACUUUCUUUAGUUUUAAUUUCUUAUCUACAAUCUUUAAAAAUAUCAAUUAUGCUUUAAGUCAAUUUCUAAAACUACAACAAAAUGAAUAAAAAUACCAAUCAUGCUGUACUUAUGUAGGAAAAAUAUACAGCCACAUUAGAUACAUUUACAACAAAAAUUAUACAAAAAAAAGUACACAGCACAAAAUUUUAAACUAUAUCUCAACCAAUCACCUCAAUGAAUCCACAAGUUAGACAAGCUUUCUUUAAUUUAUGUAUAUAAUAAAUGAAUUUUUGCUACCGACUAAUUUACGUUCCCCUAAUUUACUGCAUUUUAGUCAUAAAAUAAAAUUAAUGGAUAGCCAAAUCGGCCAUAAUUGGUUUGAUUUCUUCCCAAAUUAUGCUAACUUGUUUCCUAAAACAAUAACGAUAUCGUCGUUGAAACAACUUUUUUGAGUAAGAAUUCUUACACAGAGUUGGUUUAAAAUUAAAAGCCACCAUCUGUCGUUCGACUCUUUAUAUAUGGUAAACCCGUCAUCUUCGCUCUUGCUCUUGCUCUCUCAUAGCCUAGCCUGCCCUUUAGGUGCCUAUAUAAACAAUGCCACACACACUCAUUGAGUCCCAAACCAAAGGCCCUUAACUAUCUCUCUUUCUCUCUAUCUAUCUCUUGUUCUGUACGAAAACAGAGAACAAUAUAUUUAAAAAAAAAGAAAAAAAAAAGAAAAAGGAGAGAAGAUGGGUAUAAUGAUGGUGAUGUUUGGUCUUCUUUUGAUCAUUGUAUGCAUCUGCUCUGCUCUUCUCCGAUGGAAUCAGAUGCGUUAUUCCAAGAAAGGUCUCCCUCCUGGAACCAUGGGCUGGCCAGUUUUUGGUGAAACCACCGAGUUUCUCAAACAAGGACCAGAUUUCACGAAGAACCAAAGACUCAGAUAUGGGAGUUUCUUCAAAUCUCACAUUCUUGGUUGCCCAACAAUAGUCUCAAUGGACGCAGAGCUCAAUAGAUACAUUCUAAUGAGCGAGUCGAAAGGAUUAGUCGCUGGUUACCCACAAUCCAUGCUCGAUAUUCUAGGGACAUGCAACAUCGCUGCUGUUCACGGCCCGAGCCACAAGCUCAUGAGAGGCUCAUUGCUCUCUCUAAUAAGCCCAGCCAUGUUGAAAGAUCAUCUCUUGCCUAAGAUUGAUGAGUUCAUGAGAAGCUAUCUUUGUGGUUGGGAUGAGCUCGAGACCGUUGAUAUCCAAGAAAAGACCAAACAUAUGGCAUUUUUAUCAUCAUUGUUACAAGUAGCAGAGACUUUGAAAAAAACAGAGGUUGAAGAAUAUAGAACAGAGUUCUUCAAGCUUGUUGUCGGAACUCUUUCGGUCCCAAUCGAUCUCCCAGGAACGAAUUAUCGCUAUGGAGUCCAAGCAAGAAACAAUAUCGAUAGGUUAUUGACAGCACUUAUGCAAGAACGAAGAGGGUUAGGAGAAACAUUCACAGACAUGUUGGGUUACUUGAUGAAGAAGGAAGAUAACAAAUACUUGUUAACUGAUAAGGAGAUUAGAGAUCAAGUAGUAACGAUUCUGUAUUCGGGUUAUGAGACUGUCUCUACAACUUCCAUGAUGGCACUUAAGUAUCUCCAUGAUCACCCUAAAGCUCUUGAAGAAAUGAGAAGAGAACAUUUGGCUAUUAGAGACCGAAAACGACCUGACGAACCACUCAAUCUCGACGAUAUUAAAUCGAUGAAAUUCACUCGAGCUGUGAUCUUUGAGACAUCAAGAUUGGCAACGAUUGUCAAUGGUGUCCUAAGGAAAACUACUCACGACUUGGAACUCAACGGGUAUUUAAUCCCAAAGGGUUGGAGAAUUUAUGUAUACACAAGAGAGAUCAACUAUGAUACAUCUCUAUAUGAAGAUCCAAUGAUCUUUAACCCAUGGAGAUGGAUGGAAAAGAGCUUGGAAACAAAGAGCUAUUUCUUACUCUUUGGAGGUGGAGCAAGACUUUGCCCUGGAAAGGAACUAGGAAUCUCUGAAAUUUCCAGCUUCAUUCACUACUUUGUUACAAGAUACAAAUGGGAGGAGAAAAGAGGAGAGAAGCUAGUGGUGUUUCCAAGAGUUUCUGCACCAAAAGGAUACCAUGUUAGGGUUUCACCUUACUGACUUUGUUUUGUCCUAAUAUUGAAAUUAUGUUAUAAUCAAUUAACGGUCUUUUGUUAGGGUUACUUAACCUAUUUUAUCUCUCGAGUUCUUAGAGAAGUUGGAUAAUGUACAGAGAGGAAUAUAGAAGCCAAAAAAAAAAAUAAGUAUUGAAAUGUUGAGCUGUCUUUUAACUUGUAAAGUUGUACUUGUACACAUAAUUUUUACAUUGCAUAAUUAUUGUCUGAAUAAUGACCGUUUUAAUUCCAGUUACAAUAGUUUUCCUUUCACUUGGAUGAUGCUCAACAAGUGUUUUCGCGAAUCUGAAAAUCACAAAAGUAGAAGUAACAUAGAUCAUAAUUACUAAUUAGGACACCCCU